ACUCGCAUGCUAAAGUAUUUAUGUUGGGCCGAACAUGGCUCCCACGUUUCAUGCUACAACGGCGUCCGAGAGUGCCGAUGUCCCACGUUGUACAAUGUGUAUAUGAGGCUUAAGCCCGCCGGAUUGGCAUUCCGCCAGGUUGACAUCUCGCUACCUUCCGUUCCUUGCAAUGUCGCCAGAAGACUCAAUUGCCAUGGCUGAGCCCGCACCCAGGCCGAGCUUGUUCACGCCCGCAAGCACGCCCAAAGCCACACCCGCCCAAAAGGGAACACCCGGUCACAUCCAGUACCAAGACGUGAGCUUUCGCAACUGGUAUAAGAAGAUCAAUUGGCUCAACACCACCCUCGUGGUGCUGAUUCCCAUCUACGGCCUCCACCUCGCCAGAAGCACACCACUCACUCGCCCAACACUGAUCUGGACCUUUGCCUACUAUUUCUUCACUGCGUUCGGAAUUACCGGAGGCUACCACCGCUUGUGGUCCCACCGGUGCUACUCGGCGCGUCUUCCACUCCGACUCUUCCUCGCCUUUGUCGGCGCCGGAGCAAUCCAAGGCAGCAUCAGAUGGUGGAGCGCAAACCACCGCGCCCACCACCGAUGGACCGACACAAUGAAAGACCCGUACAGUGUCAUGCGCGGGCUGAUCUUCAGCCACAUCGGCUGGAUGGUGCUCAACAACGACCCCAAAGUCAAAGGCCGCACUGACGUGUCCGACCUCGAUGCCGACUGGGUCGUGGUCUGGCAACACAAGCACUACGGCAAGUGCCUGCUAUUCACCGCAUGGAUCUUUCCCGCGCUAGUCGCCGGCCUCGGGUGGGGAGACUGGUGGGGCGGGCUGGUGUAUGCGGGCAUCAUCCGCGCGUGCUUUGUGCAGCAAGCCACGUUCUGCGUGAACAGUCUCGCGCACUGGAUCGGCGAGCAACCGUUUGACGACCGCCGGUCGCCGCGAGACCACGUCCUGACUGCCCUGGUUACCCUGGGCGAAGGGUACCACAACUUCCACCAUGAGUUCCCAAGCGACUUCCGCAAUGCGAUUGAGUGGUAUCAGUACGAUCCUACUAAAUGGCUCAUCUUUGCGUUCAGCAAGGUCCGCAUUCCCUACCUGAUGGCGCCGAUGGCGUACGAUCUCAAGACAUUUCGCGAGAAUGAGAUCGAGAAGGGCAGGUUGCAGCAGCAGCAGAAGGCAGUGGAUCGUAUGCGGUCGAAGCUCGAUUGGGGCCUUCCGUUGGCGCAGCUGCCUGUUGUUGACUGGGAUGACUUCCAGGCAAGAUGUGCCGCGGGCGCGAAGCUGGUGGCUGUGGCCGGAGUGAUUCAUGAUAUUGGCAGCUUCAUCCUCGAUCAUCCUGGCGGCAAGACGCUGAUUGCGAGUGCAGUCGGGAAGGACGCUACGGCGCUGUUCAAUGGCGGUGUAUAUGAGCACAGCAACGCGGCACAUAACCUGCUGUCGACGAUGCGGGUGGGUAUUCUGAGAGGAGGCCAGGAGGUGGAGGUAUGGAAAACUGAGUGGAAUAGGCUGGAGAAGGAUACCAAGGGCGCGGCUGUGGCGAGAGCUCGCGAGCAAAUAACUCGGGUUGCUGCUCCAAUCCCGGUGGCUGUUGCUGCAUGA